CCUGUAAAAUUUGCAGGUUAUGUUUGCAAAUUCGUUUUUCAGAGUAUCAACCGGUGAAAAGCAUGUUUACUCUAAAAUGUUACAUGAAAAAGUAUUAUUUUAUUAAGUUUAUUUAAAGUGUUUGUAUUAUUGUUCCAUAUAAAGUCUAGAUGCUUGUAAAAAUAAUAUAUAUCUUUAGUUCUUGGAAGUGUAAAGUUGAAGUUUUCUAAAUAGUGUACCAACAAAUUUUAAAAUGCUACCACUAACUAGAACAUUGAAUAGACUUUUGGAUAAACAAAUCAGAAUUUUUAAAAGACCUUACACAAACCGUAACGUUUUUUCGCUUGGAGAACGAGGAAUCUAUAAAGAGAUCUUUCCAAAUGUGGCUGUAAAAGAAAUUGUAGACCUGCUAAAUUCAUCUCCGCAAUGUGUGUACAGUGGCUUUGAUCCCACGGCAAGCAGCCUCCAUCUUGGAAAUCUGCUAGUUUUGAUAAAUUUGCUACACUGGCAGAGAGCAGGGCAUCAAGUUAUUGCACUUGUGGGAGGUGCUACAGGGUCAAUAGGUGACCCCAGCGGUAGAAGCAAGGAGCGUGAGCUUCAAACCGCUGAAAUCGUUGCUGAAAACAGUCGAUGCAUCACAGAUAACAUAAAGACCAUCUUCGACAAUCAUGAAAAGUAUUUUUGGAAUGACAAAAAUGGCAAGGAACCUCUAAAACCACCCAUAAUAGUGAAUAACAUAAGUUGGUACAAGAAGAUGAAUGCGUUGGAGUACGUUGGGAAGAUAGGCAAGCACUUUCGGAUGGGCACAAUGCUGUGUAAGGAGAGUGUCGACACACGACUGAAGAGUGAGCAUGGCCUCAGCUACACUGAGUUCUCCUAUCAGAUCUUCCAGGCCUAUGACUGGUAUCACCUGCUUCAGAAGUACAACUGUCGGUUCCAGGCAGGUGGUAGCGACCAGCUGGGCAACAUCUCGGCAGGCCACGAGCUGAUAUCCCGCCUGAGCCGGACGGAGGUGUACGGCGUCACUCUGCCGCUGGUGAAAACUGUGUCUGGCGCCAAGUUUGGCAAGUCGGCUGGCAACGCGGUCUGGCUCAGCCCGGACAUGACGUCACCGUUUGACCUCUACCAGCACCUGGUGAGGACCACCGACGCCGAUGUAGAAACCAUGCUCAAGCUCUUUACUUUCGACUCGGUCGAGUCGAUCGGCGAUGUUUGCAGGAAGCACCAAACAAGGCCUGAACUGUGGCUGGCGCAGAAGAGACUGGCUGACAAGGUGACCACCCUGGUGCACGGUGAGGAAGGCCUGAAGGCGGCACAUCUGGCCACCGAAGCGCUCUACAAUGGCAACGUCGACAUCCUCAGUCAACUCUCGUGGAACGAUGUUACCAGUGUUUUCAAAGGAGCUGUGGUGAAGGACCUGUUGAUGGAGCCAGGUCUGAACAUUCUGCAGUUUUCCCUGUUGGCCGGCUGUUUUCCCAGCGACCAAGACGCGCGGCGAAUCAUAGCGGCUGGCGGAUUUUCCAUCAACUACCAGAAGAUUACCAAUCUUGAGGAGCUGCUCAGCGAUACUGUUCACAUUCUGCCCAAUAAGAUUACGUUGGCUAGAGUUGGUAAAAGAAACUAUUGGGUCAUCAGAUGGACGUCAUGAUCUUAGAAUUAGUCAUAAAUCAUCAUAUUAUUAGUUUUACAAUCGAUUUAGGAUCAGUAUGCUGUAAUAUUAUAUCUUAUAAAGAAGGAUCUUUUUGUUAUUGCUGAUGCUUCCUUUGACUUUUCUGGCAAACUUAAGGCAACAUUACACGCUCGGUGUAACAUUAUCACGAAAGAUAACACAUUUUUACAAGUACUACAACUCUCGUUUAACUGGAAUGGAGGUCAAUGAUAAGGUUACAAAAGAUCUACUGGUAGCUUUCGAUUUUGAUCACACUUUGGUGGAUGAUAACAGCGACACCGUUGCCAGAUCUUUACUUUCUACGAAAAACAUUGAUUACAGCACGGCUGAAAAGAUUUACAAAGACUCCAAUUCUUGGACUUCUUAUAUGAUAGAAAUCUUCCGUAUUAUUCACGAAAACUCCAUCACUGGUGAUGAAAUUGUAUCAGCCAUUCAUAGAAUCCCUCCUAUCGCAGGUAUGGAAGAGCUUUUGAAGUAUUUGAGCUCACAUCGUAGAUGCGAAAUGAUCAUAAUUUCAGAUUCCAAUUCAGUUUUCAUUGAUGAGUGGUUAAAACACAAAAAUUUGAGUAAUUUUGUUAGAAAAGUAUUCACCAAUCCGGCAUUCUUUGACACAGCUGACCUUCUCAACAUUGAACCUUAUCAGAAUCAGGACUUCUGCAAAAUAAGUGAAAGAAAUCUCUGCAAAGGUCAUGUUUUGGAGACAUAUAUAAGCGAUAGACAGAGAGAGAAUGUUUUUUUCAAUCAUUUAGCCUUUGUGGGAGAUGGCUCCAACGAUCUCUGUCCUUCCCUUAGAUUAUCACAUGGUGACUUUAUUUUUCCCAGGGAGAAUUAUGCUCUUUCUAGAAAGCUUAGUCGGUAUGAAGGUGAAAUAAAGGCUGAUAUUCAUCCAUGGACUACUGGUAAUGAUGUUCUUGAUGUAAUUCAAAAGGCAUUGACUUCCAAGACUCCUGAAAAAGAUUAACAAUUUAAAGUUUUAUAGAAACUGUUUAUAAAACUUGAGGAGUUCAAAGACGGGUUAGAAAAUGAAUAUCAUGAAAGCAAGAAUUACACAACUGUAUAAUCUAGAUUAUACACAUAUAUGAAGAAGGUAUUAUGCUACGAUGUUGGUAUGUUUAGUAUGUCAUUCAUCUGUGAUUUGUUACACUUGAAUUGAAACUAUUUUUUUCAGAUGACAAAUAAAAUGUCGAUUUAUAGUUAAUGUUUGAAAGUUAAUACUUUAAAAAUAAUUCAACAUUUA